AUGAACUUAUUUAGAUUUCACGUUGAUUAUCAGCCCUAACAGUAAUAUAGAUGAAGCAGCAGAGCUCGACAAGGAGUUCGCAGAUCAGAUGUCCGAAUUACGAACUGGAACAGAAGAUUACGUGAUGGGGUGUUGCUAUGGUGAUGAGGUGAAGCUGGAAGAUGGGAGGAGCGUCGAGGUCACGACAGAAAACGUUGAUCUCUACGUGGACAACAGGGUUCGAGAGUACCUGGUUCCGUCACAGUUUUCAGCCUUCAAGCAAGGAUUCAACAGAGUCUUCAAUCCCGCGGCCUUUGAUAUGUUUAGACCUAUCGAGUUAGAAGCGCUUGUCAUCGGAGAGAAAUACUUCGAUUGGAAAGCCCUUGAGCAGUUGACUCAGUAUAAACGGCCGUAUAAACAUUCCCACCCAACCAUCAAGAUGUUCUGGAAGGUAUUUCAUGCUCUAGACGAUGACAUGAAAAGAAAGUUUCUUGUAUUUGUCGCGGGGUCUGAUCGCGUCCCGGUGGGUGGACUAGGAAACCUAGGUCUUCGUGUCGUUCCCCUUCAGGUACCCAUGGACGAUUCCGUGAACGAGCAACCGUGCGACAACGAAGACAGACUCACCCUGCUGAUGCCAGAGGGCCAUGGUUGCGAUAACCAUGGCUUCCGCCGUACACUUAGGCUGCCUAUGUAUACCAGCCUUGAACUCAUGGAAGAUCGUUUGACCGUCGCCCUGUCCUAUUACGACUGCCCAUUUCAUAUCGCUUAGGUUUAUAGGAUAUUUCUUUAUCAUAU